GCCAACCGAUAGCCUCCCGAACUGGACAUCAGUUGCCGUCGACUGACCACUAAUGGGGCGAAAGCUGUUGUUAGCGCCGAGUCUUACGUUAACUUAUCAUUGAUUUCGCGGUUCCGAUGUUUUCGCUAAAUAUUUGGAUUCAGUUUCGGCUUUAGUUUCGGUUUUAAAAGCGAAAGCUUUGCGAAGAAAACCGUAUUUUUUUUCGUUUCAAACAUUUUUAUUUCACGACUAAAUUUUGACGUUUAAUUUGUAUCGUUUUAUUGGCCAUUAUUUUCGCCAACAAAUACAAGACAAACAAAAAUCAAACCAAAAAUGUAUCGUUAAAUGAAAAAAUUAUAACAGCCCAAUAGUUUAGCUUCAAAUAGCGUCAACUGAAGGCCCACUCGUUAACAGCAGUGCCUUUCCGUCGGCCAACUUAUCGCCGCCGACCCCGAAGUGUCCGAACGGAACAAAGGGUCGACCGAUAAGUGUGUUGUUGUGCCCGGAGUUUGGAUGAGAAGAAGUCAAUCGAACCGUAAAUUGCAAUCAAACAUGAAGUUAACGCAUCAGAGGACCAGUCGUUACGAUAACGCACCCGAAUCUCUGACCGAUUGGCUCGAAGAACAGUUGGACAGCAGAGGCAUCGACGCCGUCGUCUACACCCGAUAUAUACUGAGUCUAUUGCUUGAGGACAGCAGCGACUCGGAUGACGAUAUCGGCGGUGGCGGCGGUCUCUCCUCUGUGUCCGCGUCGGACAUCAAUCGGUGCUCAUGUAAGCAGACGUGCGCUAAAGACAACAUACGUCCCGUCACUUCCACCAAAUGGAAACACAAGCGAUAUCUGAAACAAAUUCAAUCCAAUAAUGGCGUCAACAAUAGCUGCGUGAAUGCGGGCACCGAUUGGUUGUCACACUCGGAGUACUGUCUCCACAGUUGUCCGAUGAAUGGCGACGAAGAGCGGCGACUGGCGGUCGUUGAGUGUCUCAAGUCAGCGUCCGAACAGGAGUCGGGAAUUGAGUCAUUUGUGGACGAAUUGUGCGCCAAAUUAAAGACAAUUAAAUCGUUGUCGGAAACGAGCGAAAUGGUCGCCGACUCCAAAGCCGAUAUCAACUGCAAUAACGGCGUGAAGAAAGCGGUGACGCGUCAAGAGAUGGCUAUCAAAUAUUACGCGGCGUUUCCCUCCCUCGACACCAAUUCCGUGGACGACACCAACGCUAACACUGUUUCCAAAGCGGACACCAUUGAGCCCACAGUCCAGAAGAAGAGCGUUAAGAAUAAAAUCCAAUGGAAUGGACAGAAGAUAAUUGAAUUUAUGAGUAAAGGAUCGCUCGACGGUGUCUUAUUCUUAUACUCAUUGAUGGCCUUCUUGUCUAAGUAG